AUGGCUCUCUAUGCUGACUGUAAGAACGAUGAUGUGAUUGAAGAUUCGUCAAGUUGCAACUGCAUCGGAAUAUUGAUAUGGAUAGACGCUGAGGGCGGCGUCGCUCGGAGCAAACCGGAACUAACCGUUGGUCCUUCCGCAGGGUGCGAGGACGGCUGGCGGGGAGUGAGGGCCCGCGCAGCGCUGUCCCUUCCUCGUCGGGCACGAGCGCCACGCCCCCGGGACCUCCACGGCGCCCCGCACUCCUCGGCGAGCCUCUCCCCCGGGGCCGCCAUGCCCGCGUCCAGCCGCGAGAAGAGUCCUCGGGUCUCCAGGGUGCUUUCCAUGAUCUCCAGCGACGCGAAGAAGAGCCAUGGCGAGGGCAGGGAGGCCAAGGCGGCGGAGGCGGCGUGCGACGGCGAGUCCCCCGCCCUGGCCGCCUUCACCAAGACGCCGCGGAGUCCCAGGAUCAAGAAGAGCAAGAGGGGCAUCCUGCCGUACUUCCGGGGCCACAAGAGCAACAAGAAGGCUGAGAAGGAGAAAGAAAGGAGCAGGAAGGAGAAAGGCGACGCCACGAAGGCGAGCGACGCCGCCGCCCCCCCGGACGCCGCCGCCAGGGACGCCGCCGCUCAACUGCCCUCCCAGGUGGAACCCCCAGAAUUGGUUACCAAAGAUACGGACGUACUUGACGUGCUGCUCUCCAAAGAACCCGGUGGAAGUGAUGGUGGUGUUGACGUUGAUGCGUCUAAAAGUAUUACAGACAGUGUUAGUGCGCUAGUGGAAGAGAGUGAAACGUGUGAGACCGACAGUGAGUCAGAUAAGUGUGAUCCUGCGGACCUCGUGGACCUGAAGACUUACUCACUCAUACAUUCUCGUAUGGCCAAGUAUGAAUCUCCUCUGAAGAAAACUCAGAUAUACCAAAAAUCGUUUCUCCAUAACCGUUACGGCUCAACCCCCUCCGUGGAGACGCUCCCGGGCCGCGCGGGCGCCGGAGCCUCGUCCAGCGCCUCGGCGUCGCCGGUGCCGUCCGCGCCCUCGCUGGUGGCCCUGCGCUCCCGCACCCUCGAGCCCGUGUCGCGCUCGUCGCAGGACCCCCUGGGGCGUGCGUCGCUCUCCUCCCUGGCCAAGUCCAGCACGCUCGACACCGUGAAGGCCAGGUUCCACAACCAUGUAAAUAACCUGACUUACGAGGGCAUGAAUUUCACCAGCGGCGAACCAAGCAGCAUUGCGAGCAGUAGUAACAGCAGCAGCUGGAGUCUGGGCGGCAGGGGCUUCUCUUCGCCAUUCUCCAAGUUCUCCGCAUACAGCACGGAGAACCUGAAGGCCAUCGGAAAAGAUAAGGACAAGAAGCAUACCAAAAACACACUCUCCCAUGAACCAAAAGCCGUCGCAAAGUCUGGCGUGAAAAAGAUUCUGUUGCACAGUCGCUUAAAAGAUGACACGGCAACCGACACGAGUCCAGACCGGAAGGUGAAAGCCACUGGCUCUCUGCCGGGGACCACGACCACGGUGGAACCCGUCAGCAGAAAUCUAGAUUCCAUUACGAUAAUAUCAAACAAGAACGUGACUGCAAAGUUGAACAUCACGGUCGUCAAAACGCCCGAGACUGUGAGAAGAGGCUCGUUCAGAUUUACUCGAACUGGGGGAUUCAGGUCGUCACUCCGGGCGUCGCAGAGAAGGAGAAGGGAACUGAGAAGUCCCCUGUCCUCGACCUCGUCUUCUCUCUCUACUUCCUCGUCUUCGCUGCCAACGUCCUCUACAACUACAACCACGACCACCACCGCCGAAGGAAAACCAAUCCCCGAAUACGCUAAAGUCAACAAAAGAAAGAAUUCCAAACCAGACAUCGUUGAAGAAGAGAACUUCAGCAGACUGUCUCCUUCUCUCCCGCACGCCCACGAGUCCCCAGCAGAGAAAGCGCCCGUGGUCAAGAAAAUCGAAGCCGCUGCAUACAAAGCGCGGAAGGACUCUGACCCUUCCCUGAAGGUGAAUCCUGUCAAGAAAUCGGAGAGUUUCAAGGCGGGAGUGCGAGUGGGUCGGAGAAGCAGCCUCACCUACGCGUCGCGAGCCAAGAUGAUGAAGGAGACGCUGGAGGGCGAGAGUUUCGUGAAGACUCAGGCUGUAAAGCUUCGGAGGAAAGAUUCGAAGAACGGGAGGCUGGACAUGAAGAAUGCGAGGAAGGCGGAAUAUCGCCUGAGCGUGACGAUCAAACCGAGCACCGUGGCCACGCUGGCGAACAAGUUCAACACCAUCAUAUCGCAGAACCAAGCAGGGGCGCCGGCUGUCAAGUCUGAGCUUCCCCUCGGCCACGUGUCUGUGCAGAAGGCAAGAAUGCAGAGGAGUCCUCAGACCAGCAUCAGACUGAAGAACAGAGUGAAGGCCGCAAGGGCUGAGCCAGAAGCCAAGGAUUUACCCGAAGGGGCAAAGGUCAUGGAUGAGAAAAGCAAGAAGGAAGAGAAGAACCGAGAGGAGAAGAGGGCCGACCCCAGCGCCAGGAAGAACGCCGCCAGGUCCUCGAGGUCGCCGUCGCCCAAGAAGUCGCCGCAGGCCAAGAGCCCCGCGUCCCUCCUGGAGAAGCUGGGGGACAACAAGACGGACGAGGAGAAGGUGUGCGAGAAGAUUAAGACGGCUCUGUCAUCAGGGAAAUUCAAGGGGGAAACAGACGACUCUGAAGACGAGGCGGCGGAGAAAAAGUCCACAGACGAGGAGAAGUGUAGGAGUCGGCUGCCUUCUCCCUCCCCUUCUACCUCCAACGCAGGUGGCCUCAGGAGUGCCACCCAGCCCAGCACUGAACAACCUGCCUCUUCUGCGGCAGACUCGGCAUCUGUUUCUAGCGCCCUCACACAGACCAGUUCAACCAUACCAAAGACCAAAAAUUCUUCUGAAAAGACAGAGAGGGACGCUGUCACAGAUGUUCUGGGGCAGAUUCCUCAGCAGCCCAGUGAUAUUUUAACGGAGAUCGACCAGGUGUUUCCCUUGCCUGAGAGACAUGCCAAGUCGGACUCCAUGGACUCUGGCAUAUCUACUGAAGGCGAUCGACUCUCGGGGGCGGGCUCUCCCAACCUCCCCAGCACGCCCCUUGCUUCCACCUCCACUCCCUGCUUGCUCUCCUCUGGGGUUGAAGACUCGUCUCUGGAAACUGUCAUAUCGACGGACACUUUUAGGAGUGAAGAUAGCGCAGUGGUUGUAAAGCCCUCCGGAGAAGCGACGCCAGAGCCAGGCCCAAGCAGUGCAGCCCAGAUUACCACCGCAGAACAGGAGAAAUCCCAAGGUAACCAGGACGAGCAUCCAGAGGCAGCCGCAGCAGCAGCGACGGUCGAGAAGGAAGGUACUGCGGCUGCAUCGAAAAGUGAAGAAGAGGAAAGCAAAGACGGAGCAGAGCCUUUGGAAAAGGGAAUUAUCGAUGGCUUGGAGACGGAAGGGAAACCAGGAAAUGAACAAGCUGACCCCGAGGGAGGGAAAGGAAGUCCCGAGGAAGAUGCAGAAGAUAAGAACAUCGAGGCCGACCUGCGGUCCAUCGCAAGCAGCAACAUGGACGACACUCACUCCGAGGUCAGCUCCGUGUGCUCGGAGGCCAAGUCGAAGAGGUCUACCAGCAGGGGGCAUGAGAGUCGCAUCUACACCGCCGUCAAAACCGCCGUCAAGAACACUGUCAAGAAAACCAAAGAAAAGGAUGCAGAGCGCAAAGAGGAGAGGGAGAGGGAGAGGAGGAACAGGUCUCCUUCAGCGGACAGGGAAAAGUGGUACCGAAGAGGAAGGUCAAGAGAGCGUGGGAAGGAUAAGAAAAAGGAUGAUAAAGAUCAGGGAUCAGAAGAAGGAAAGAGUGCAGAGGACGCUGAUAAAGAAGGAGAAGAUAAGGCAGAUUCGCCCAAGAAAGAAGGAAGAGAAAGAGAAGGGAGAACCUAUGAGCGAUUCACCUUCAAAAAACUUCGAGAGAAAAGUCAGGAACGUAAGAGAAAUAAAGACAAAGCCAAAGAAGAAAAGGAAAUGCGCAAAGAGGAGGAAAAGAGACGAGAAGAAGAGAGGAAGACCUCAGGUGACGAGCCAAAGAAAGACGGGAAGAGCAAGAAGAAAGAGGAGAAGGAGAAGGACGACAACACCUACGGGAAGUGGACCAUCAGGUCGAGGUCGAGGAGCCGCGACCGGAAGAAGAACAAGAAGCUCCUCGAGCAGCUGGACCUGGAGGAGGCCGAGGCAGCGCGGGAGGCCGAGGAGCCGUCGACGCCAGGCAGCAGCACCACCGUGACCACCUGCGACUCCUCGUGCAUGGCGUCAGGCAGCAGCCUCACGCUCCCCCUUGACCUGAAGCGCAAGUCCGAGGAUCUGGUCUUCACCUUCGACACCGAGAGUCUGUACGACAAGCCUCAGACGCCCAAGACCAACAUGAAGUCGAAGACGUUACCUCCGCCACCAAAGACGCCCAUCCCCUCGCCGCCGUCGUCCGCCACCACGCCCAUCCCUCCGCCUCCCAAGACGCCCAUCCCCGACCCGCCUACGGAGUCCAAGUCGGACGGCCUCUCGGAGUCGAAGGACGCCAUCCUCGACGACUCCCUCGCGUCCGACCGCUCGAACGGCGACAGCGACAGCAGCAACGAGACGGAGAACAUCUACGAGAACCUCUACGCGCCCGACCUCGAGAAGCUGAACCGCAACCGCGAGAAGCUAGAGAACCGCGGCAUCAAGCCCAACUCAUCGUUCCUGUGGAGCGACGGCGCGCAGGCGCCUGCGGCUUCAGAGGUUUCCGACAAGAAAGAAACUGUCCCAGAAGACGCAGAGCCCGAGCGCUCCCCCUUCACCCGGCUGAUCGGCGUGAGGACCUACGGCAGGAUGGACAGGUACGGCAAGAUCUCCCCGUCUAGCAAGGGCAAGGAGGUGUCCUCCGAGGGCCACAACUACGCCGAGCUCCAGCAGGGGGCGGAGGACACGCAGACCCUCGCCUACGACGACAUCGGAGCCGUCAGCGCCGUUAGCUACGACGACAUCGGCGCCCCGUCCUCCUGCGGCUACGACGACAUCCGGGCGCCGUCCACGGUGGGCUACGACACCAUCCGCCCGCCCUCCGAGGGCUACGACCCCGUCAACCCCCCGCGCUCGGACUCCAGCCAGUACGACGACUGCGACGGCGGCAUCGUGACGGCGCAGUUCGCGGUGGUGCGCGAGGACCAGCUCGACUCCAUCAGCUACAUGUACGACGAGAUAUCCAUGUACAACGCGUCGCAGAACUCGCACUCGUACGAGCCCGUGUACCCGCCGGGGGUGCCGCCGCAGGGCAAGCCCGGCGUGUGCAGCAUCGAGGAAGUGCCGGAGCCCGAGACGCCCACCUACCGCGCGGAGCCCAUGCAGAUCGACCACGCCUUCUACGACGGGGACGACGCCUCGCUCGACGGCAGUCAGGGUGACUCCGAAGACGGCGUCCACGAGGUGUUCUCGUACAAACUCACGCGCAUCGGGGGCAUCCUCGACGCGACGCCUCCGGCCCUCACGCCCACCACGCCCACGACGCCCAGCACACCGGGAUCCAGCGUCCACACCAGAAUUUACGGAGGAGCCCCCGUCGCCCCUCUGAGUCUGCACGGCGGGGAGCUCAUGGGCGGGGAAGGCGCGCCCUCGCCCUCGCUGUCCCCGACGGAGGGCAAGAGCGAGACGUCUGACGAGUGGAUGGACGUCAGCGACACGGAGACUGACACGAGCACUGGGCCGCCCGUGUGCAUCACCACGCAGAUCCCUCUUCGACAGCCAGGUUUACUGCUUCGAGGCAAAGGAAGGUCAGACUUUGUCGUGGGAGGCGCAGAGCUGUACCUGGCACCCUCCGACAGAGAGCUCUUUAGUAUGGUACAGUGGACAGGCACCAUGGCUGUCACGUUGCCCUUGCCUGCUUUGACGCCUCAGUGGCAUACAUUUUCUUCGAGGCUCGAGGCUCUGCUCAAUAAAUGGAGAUUCAGUGCAUUGUCACUCCCACACGCUGUCAUGCAGGGGUGUCAUGCUCAGCUCCUGAUAAACCUUGAUGCCCACAUGGCCCUCUGA